GCUUGGCCGGCAGCAGGGGGAAGCGAGGGUCGAGGAGGCUGCGCCGGGGGGGUCCCGGGCCUUGCGUUCCAAGCCCCGGCGCCUCCCGGGUUCCCCCGACCGCUCCGGCGGCGGGCGUCCGGGCCUCGGCGCCUCCUCCCGCGGCCGCAGCACGCGAGCCGCCUCGGGGAGCGAGCCGCGGUCUAGGCCCUCCCCGGCUCAGCCCUUUGGGGCCCGGCGUCCCUGGCCCCUGUUCCUCCACCUCCCCCCCGGGACGGAGCGGGUGGCUGAAGGCCGGGACAGAAGUCUGGAAACUGCGGGGUGGCGGCUGGACCCGUGGACCGGAGAGCCCCAGCGGUCCGGUCCAGGGUCAGUUUUGGUCCUUAGGUGGACGGUUCAGGAGAGGGAUGACUGGAAACAGGAGCUGAGCUGUGUGUGGAAGAGAAGGAAUACUCUGAAGACAGCAACUCUGAGCCAAAUGUGGAUUUGGAAAAUCAGUACUAUAAUUCCAAAGCAUUAAAGGAGGAUGACCCAAAAGCAGCAUUAAGCAGUUUCCAAAAGGUUUUGGAACUUGAAGGAGAAAAAGGAGAAUGGGGAUUUAAAGCACUGAAACAGAUGAUUAAAAUUAACUUCAAGUUGACAAACUUUCCAGAAAUGAUGAAUAGAUAUAAACAGCUAUUGACCUAUAUUCGGAGUGCAGUCACAAGAAAUUAUUCUGAAAAAUCCAUUAAUUCUAUUCUUGAUUAUAUCUCCACUUCUAAACAGAAUUCUGAUUUUUUAUGUCAGAUGGAUUUACUGCAGGAAUUCUAUGAAACAACACUGGAAGCUUUGAAAGAUGCUAAGAAUGAUAGACUGUGGUUUAAGACAAACACAAAGCUUGGAAAAUUAUAUUUAGAACGAGAAGAAUAUGGAAAGCUUCAAAAAAUUUUACGCCAGUUACAUCAGUCCUGCCAGACUGAUGAUGGAGAAGAUGACCUGAAGAAAGGUACACAGUUAUUAGAAAUAUAUGCUUUGGAAAUUCAGAUGUACACAGCACAGAAAAAUAACAAAAAACUCAAAGCAUUGUAUGAGCAAUCACUUCACAUCAAGUCUGCCAUCCCUCACCCCCUGAUCAUGGGAGUCAUCAGAGAAUGUGGUGGUAAAAUGCACUUGAGAGAAGGUGAAUUUGAAAAGGCACACACUGAUUUUUUUGAAGCCUUUAAGAAUUAUGAUGAAUCAGGAAGUCCAAGAAGAACCACUUGCUUAAAAUAUUUGGUCUUAGCAAACAUGCUAAUGAAAUCGGGAAUAAACCCAUUUGACUCACAAGAGGCCAAGCCGUAUAAAAAUGAUCCAGAAAUUCUAGCUAUGACGAAUUUAGUAAGUGCCUAUCAGAAUAAUGACAUCACUGAAUUUGAAAAGAUUCUGAAAACAAAUCACAGCAACAUCAUGGAUGAUCCUUUCAUAAGAGAACACAUUGAAGAGCUUUUGCGAAACAUCAGAACACAAGUGCUCAUAAAGUUAAUUAAGCCUUACACAAGAAUACAUAUCCCUUUUAUUUCUAAGGAGUUAAACAUAGAUGUAGCUGAUGUGGAGAGCUUGCUGGUACAGUGCAUAUUGGAUAACACUAUUCAUGGCCGAAUCGAUCAAGUCAACCAGCUCCUUGAACUGGAUCAUCAGAAGAGGGGAGGUGCACGGUAUACUGCACUAGACAAAUGGACCAACCAACUCAAUUCUCUCAACCAGGCUGUCGUCAGCAAACUGGCAUAACAGAACAGGCUUUGACAGACAUCCUCAAGGCAACAGUGCAGAAAUGUAAACCUUGAACUGGGAAUGGCAAAACUACUGUCGGUUGAUGUGUCCUGAAAUUUAUUGGAGUUAUGGCAGAAGUGCUUUUUUGAUCAACUGGUUUGUGUUUUGCUGCUGCAUUUAUCCCAAGAAAAACAGCUUUAAUCUCCAGAAGAAAACCAAAAUACCAUGGGAUUUAUGCUGUAUUGACAUCUUGCCCUAAACAUACAACAUCAUAGUAAUUUGUCGUGGGCAACAUGACCAGAGAGAAGAUUUUUGUCAUGAUUUUAAAUACACUGACACGCUACUGUUGGUUAAAUUUAAACAUGUUUUACCUGCAGAAAUUCUCUCACAAAUAACCUGCAAUAACUUGAAACGCAUACCCUUUUGAACACUUCCUUUUCUCAUGUAUAAAUGAAAAUGUUUGCUGCAUUUUGCAAAAUGUCAAUUCUCCAAAAAUGUGUCCAUAUAUUUCUGUACCUGCAGUGUAGUAAAGGUUUAGAUGAAACCCCAUAAUUAUAGUGGCAUACUGUCACUUAGGUUUCAAGCAGCAAAAUAAACAGUGCAGCUCAGAAGUUGUA